CGCAGGACUUCGCGGCAGUGGCAAGGGCAGGGGCGGAACUGAGAGGCAAAAACCCGACCCGAAACGGAGAGCAGUUUGCGCGAGGGAGAGCGAGCCAUUCGUGAAUAUUUCAUGAACGACAGGACGGAUGGAUGGCAGCGAUGGCAGUCAGGCAGCCAAGAAGGCAGGCAGGCAGGCUGGCAGCUUCGUGUCCUCGCAUCCGAUGUCCUGGCUAACGAAGAGAAAUGUAGGGAAACGCAUCCCGUUGGCAGAGGCACUGGCAGCGGCAUCGGCAUCGGCAACGGCGGUGACUGUGGCAGCGUGGCAGAGUGGCUGUGGAAUAUCGGCAGCAGGAAAAUCGCCUUUCUGCCGCCGUUGCAGUGGCAGUGGCUUCGAAAGCAGCGCCUCUGAAUUUUGGCCAAUGCGUGUGCUGCUGGCUUUCAGUAAGAAAAGCGUCGCCCAGCGGUCUAGUACGAACGUAUACCGAACGCUUUGUAUAUCCUGUAAAAUAUCCUACACAACACAAAACGAACGGAGGGAAGAAAGAAUAAUUUGCGAUUACUGGCAGGCGAAGGAAAUCCAGAAGCGAUAUCCUCACAGCCGAAUGUAGCAGCGAAGAAAUUACAAGCCAAGUGCGCUUGAGUUCGUGUAUUUCCGGUUGAACAAACACAUAAGCGAAACAUAAAAGAAAAGGCAAGAGCAACAGAAAAAAAACAAGAGCAACAACAAAAAUAAAAUAACCCACACAUACUA